ACUUUACUUUUUAACAGAGGUGUUUUCCUGCUCACUUCAAAAAAAUAUUAUUCUCUUGUACGUGGUUUUAUUUCAUGUGUCAGCUCGGUGGGUUUUUAUGCCGUGAUGUAACAGCUGUUGCUUCGCUCCGCCUGAUGUUCCUCUUUGCACAUUGUAUCUUUGAGCCACAAGUUGGCUCACUGCCUCAUUUACCACAUUGUAUUCUCGUUCAGUGUUUCCCUCUAAUGCACCUGCACAGAUCUGCAUUACAGGAACUGCGAGGGUAGUUUUAUAUAAACAGCACCAGGUUUGGACAGAAGCUGAUGACCAAAGUAGUAGUCGGUGUGACCUCCUGACUUGCAGGCUGCUGUUUCUUAGGCGUUUCUGUCCUCUACAAUGUUGUGGCACUAUGGAUUACAAUAAGUCAUCUCUGAUACUGCUGAAGUUGUUGUACGUGAUAUUUCUUCCAGGUAAGACAAACCUAUUAAUCUUUUGAUUUAUGUGUCAGAAAGGCUGAUUUAAACAGCUUUUUUAUCAGCCCAUGAAGCUGAUAUGUUUGUAAUGGGUUAAAGUGUUACUUUUCUUUCACGUCUCUUAGAGCACAGAGCUGAACUGGUGUACAAUGUCUGUGUUAGAGUAGGUCUAAAAGUUGGAUAAAAAUUAAAAGCAUAAUACAUGAUGUUGAUGCCACUUCACUCUACAUUUAACAGACAAAUACUGUGCUGCCAUUAUUCCAUCAGACAUCAAAUCACCUGCCAUAACUUCUCCUCAUGAUUUUUGCAGAUCUUCAAGCAGAAAAAAUUCGAGUUUUGCCCAAAGUAACUGGAUAUAUUGGCCUUGAUGUCACCCUGCCAUGUAACCCCAUCAGAGAAAAUGACCAAAUCAGCCAGAUUCAGUGGACACUCCAGCAGCCAGGCUCACAGGAGAUCAACAUUAUUGUUUCGAAUGGUAAUGCAGAAGUUCCUGCUAACGAUACAUUUUUGAAGGACAGAGUGGAGAUCUCUAAACAAUCUUUGGUCAUCAGAGAUGUAGAAAUGAAAGAUGCAGGAGCCUACACCUGCAUCCUUGCAACUUUUCCGGGUGGCAUAAUUAGAGGAACAACCAACCUUGUCGUCCAAGGUGGGAACACAAACACUUUGGCAUUUUUGUUUUGCUAUCAGCUUUACUGAUUAUUCUAAACCAGAAUUUUAAAUACCACAUAACUGAAGACAAAUCUGCUUAUAGACAUCCGGUCUUGUUUCCUCCUUCAGAACAGAUGCUGUUAUCAACAGGGGAGAUCUCUGCUAUCGUGAUUUUUGUCAUACUGCUGUUAGUGAUCCUGACAACUGCAGCUUACCUCAUCUUUAUCAGAAGGUAGGUGUUUGUGAGAGAGGGUGUGUGUGGGUGGAAAAAAUAACUUUCACUGAGUAUAAAGUUGUAGAGGAAAAAAAACACAGACUUUGGUGUCAGAGAAUAAAAAUAUAGAAUCUUUUUAGGAAUGUAAGGGUGCAGUGUGUGGCAUCUAGCCGCAUUCAGCAGAGCAGACUGGAUGGAAAAGAGCAGAAUCAGAGCUAGGUUUGAUUAAGUAUCAUCGUCUCAUCUAAAAAGUAUUUGUUUUCAUGAGAAGCAGGUACCUUUCUAUGGGGGCCAUCAUCCUGCACCUCUAUGUUUGACCUUGUAGCAGAGAACAGACAAACUAGAGAGGGUUGUACAUGUUUUUGAGUAAAAUGAGAGGCUCAAAAUGAAACGUACGAGAAUGGGAGAUGAUGAUGAAGAAGAGAGUGGUUUUUGAUGUUGUGUGCAUCGAAAAAAAAAAAAGAAAGUACGGAUAAACUUUUUCUCAUUGUAAAACUUGGAAAAUGAACGAUCACACUGAGCAUGCACAGGAUCUGCUUGUUUUUGUUGAUUCUGGGACCUCAACAGUAGUUGAGAUGAGCAAGGAAGUGUUUUGAUCUAGAAUCUGCUUUAUAUUUCCAUCUCCACACUGUACCUUCACUGAACAUUAAACAAUAAGUUUUUCUUCAAUAGCAAGCUAAUUUAAUUAGAUUUUUGUCUUUGGGUCUUUGAUUUGUCUAAACAGAUGGCAGUAUGUUGAUUUGUGAACUGCUGAAUAAAAUAUGAUUAUGAACCACCCUGAUAUGGUUUUGCUCAUUACAUAUAGUUUUUCCCCACAUGUUCAAUGCAUAAUGAGAUAGCCAACUGUUAUUUUUAAAUAUUUAUUUUUGAUCUACAAAGAAAAUCCACUUUAGAACAAGAGGAAAAUCACUAAUAAUGUUUAUGUGCAGAAAAACUAACCACAACACUUUCUUCCUCUCAGCGCGGGUUCUUUGGCCAGACAACAUGUCACUAUCGGUAUGAACAGCAUAACUUCCUUUUCACUCUGCUAUCACAUGAUCUGUACUUAUAUUUUCAUGAUAUUAUUUUACGAUUGGUGUCAUUUCCCUUUUCUAAAGCAUGUCUGUCUUUCAGAUACUGAUAGUCCAGUGAGGGAUGUGCUGCGGCCGUCCGUUCUUGUCAAAGAGCAGGUGAGCUCAGACAUGGUGUGAAAGUACAUCUCUGAUUUUAGUUCAUAUUUAUAAAAGUUUAAUAGUACUCUUUUUGUGAUAAAGAAAAAAAGAUUUACAAUAUUACAACAAAGUAAUUGAAAUAAUUUAACUAAACCACACUUUAACUGUCUUUUAAACUUGUAGGAUGUGGUCUACUCUGAUGUCAAGCAUAAAGCAUCCAGGGUUCCUGCACCUUCCUCCUAUGACAAACACGCAGAGGCUAUGCGCACUGAUGAUGUGACAUACUCUGUGGUUGCAGUGUCUCGUGGAAAUGACAUGAGAUGUGUUUCGGAGAUAUGAUAAAAUUCUCUUUUUUUUUAAUCUGUGAGAAGAAACAGAAUUCAAAUAUAAGCAGGUAUAGUGUAACAUCUGUGCUCUUUAAAUGAUUCAGUCGUUCUUAAGGACAUGUCCUAAUUUAAAGGACACUGACAGAACGAUCAAACGAGAGCAAAUAUGUACUUCGAUUAAUGAUGACUAAUAAUAUACAUAGGGAGAUAAUAAGAACUCGGUGCCAUAAAAGUUUAAACCAAAAGACUUUUGCAAGAACAUGUGACCUCUUCACGAGGUCACGAGAUGAGGAUUUUUUGACCAGUUUACGAGAAGUGAUAAAAUUAUGAGUAAACCAACGCCUGCUUCAUCAUACUGUAGGAGGUGCAGAGUGCAAUGAUGAGUAGUAGAUAAACAUCCCGCUCUUAAAGGAGUAUAAAGAUUUAAAACUUGUGGUUGAGGAGUGAAAACAGAGGCGCAGCUACAGAUAACAUCGCACUAAUCCAAGACACACAAUAGGACAGCUGUUAUUAGUCAUUGCCCUUACUUAUUCAAAGAUUAAGAGUCUUUGGAGCCAAGCCUGAAGCUCUUUAAUGCCAGACUCCAUCAUAUACAUAUAUAGCAACCUGUAUAUGGUGCAAAUAUUUCUUUUUGCUAUUAUUACCAAGAUACACUCAGGAUGACAGGAAUGCCAGCAGUUUCUCUGAUAUUUUGACAAAAAAACAAACAAUAUAAAUCAAGAACAGCAGAUUGCAAAAGAUAAAAAACAGUCUGUGGCAAAGUGAAUUCCUGAACCUCAGCUGCCAUUCUCUUUUGAAGCUGUUGAGAUAUUUGAUAAAAUCCUGGCAUGCUGUUUAUUCUACAGAAAAAAAUGGUCAUUUUUUAUUGUAAGGGAUUUUUUCUUCAAAAAUGAGAAACUAUCAGUAACCUCCAGGAUGUCAUCACAGUAAGAGGGUCUUUCAAGUCUGCCAGGCUGUGCUGUGAUUCACCUGGAUGGUCACAGUUGCUUCAUGCUCAGCUGGAUACAGCUGUCACUCUGGCUAUUAAAUGAAAAGCAUAACCAUUAUCAGUCCAUUAUUCUGUAAGAGAUUUCAGUUUUAUGGUGUGAACUUGUAAAAAUAUUGGUGUAUCUGCAAACUCAUAAUCGAGCUCCCAGGGUGUCACAUGAGCCACAGAUCACAGAUCAGGAACUUUUUUUUAGCAACGUGGGAACUCAUCAGUUUUUGUGGCCCUUUACUGUCUGACAAUCAAAGGAGGAGGAAGACCAAAAAGGAAGACAAAAAACAGGAACUAACUCAGUAAUGCAAAACAAGUGUUGCAUAAAAAAGAGCAAAAGCUGAAUGUGAAAGGUGAAGUUUAAAGUGACUCAAAAUGUCAAUUUCUGUAUGAACAUUUACUCUUCACAUUGAUUUGUAAGGAUCAGAUAAACUUGAAUUUACGUGACCCUGA